AUGCUCAGUUCCCAUACCUCUGAAUGCGUUCAAGAGGCGCUCAAUCAGGGUAUCGAUGGAUAUUCUGCCAUUUUCCAAGCCGUUAAGCGGAACGAUGCUGAUAUUAGCAAGCUGCUCGUUGAUAACGGAGCAAAUCCCAAUGCAACCGAGUAUAAUUCUGGCAUCCCUCUCAUUGCAUUUGCCAUUUUGCAGAAUGCGGAAACCGUAGUUGUCCAAACUCUUCUGAGCCUUGGUGCGAAUCCGCAUUCUAUUCCUCAAGACUUGUGGGAUUCUACCGCGACCAAAUUAUCUAUGAAGGGUGAGGACUUACUAGCAGGCAACAGUAACGCAACUCCCCAGACCCUCUGGUGCAGCAGUUUUCACCGCGUUUCGCUCCUACAGCGGCUGGACUUCGGUCUCAGUUAUCAUCUUCAAGUUACCAGUGGACCAGAUGUACCCUCAAAAGAAGAACGACAAAUUUUUGAAACACUAGGAAUGAAAUCUCUCCUCCAGGCACCAUAUUUUUUGAUCGGACAGAGUUUCGCGGUUAAGUGCGUAGCGAAGUAUGUCAAGUCGCCUCUUGUGCUUCCCAGAAGUGGUGCACUAUUGUUAGCAUUUGUUGGAAACCCCUGCCAUGGCCAGGCUGAACUAGCUGCUUGUGUUGGCAAAUUGAUAUCUGCCAACUCCAUUAUUGCUCGAGUCAAAAAGACAAACAAAUUAUUUACUAACGGGGGAGUAUCGUCUGACAAUCUGUCGAUGAACCACUUGAACAAAGUGGAGGUGGUAUACUUCGACGACCUGGACAAAACUGGCUGUUCGGACCUUAUUACACUGCUAGAUGGCCGCGCCCAAGGCACCAAGCAAGACAAAGGUAAUCCUAGCGUACUCACCAAUGCGAGGACCAUAUGUAUUCUCUCCGUAACGGAUACUCGUUGGGACCUUCUGGACAAAGCGCUGAGAAAAGACUUAAUUAGAACUUAUGGUGCCUCACUAACCAGCCACAUCGAUGCCAUAAUCCCAUUUCUCCCUUACUCUAAGCUUGAAACAGCAGCUCCCGCACAUAAACAUAUUAACGACCUGCGUUCUCGCCUGGCUUCUAUCCAUAAAACUCUUGGCGGUGCCCUUACAAGUAAAACCAGCUCCAUAUUCACACGCGCCGUCCGUCUCAAGCUCGAAGGCGAUGACGAAGCGAUCUACACGCAUCUAGCGGAGAAGAACUAUGACAUGAAUCUUGGCACACGGUCUAUUCAGCAAGGAGUUGUUAACAAAAUCCAGUUGCCGAUUAUUGAACUGUGGACUAAGAAAUGUGCGUAUGAUCGUGAAGGGGCGGAGGAGGGCAAGGAAGGGUUGUCAGAUGGGUUGGAUGUAGGGGGCGAGGAGGAUAAGGGGACUAUGACUGCUGUUGUCAAGUUGGUGAGUGGUGAGGGGUAUGGGUCUCCUUCUAUUGACAUUUCUUUGGAAUAG